AUGUUGCUGCUCGACUACCAGAAUGUGCUGAUUCAGUCGGUGUUCACGGAGCGCUUCUCCGGAGCACCGCCCGUAUCCAUCGACCAGACCGUCUCCGACUUCGAUGGCGUCACCUUUCACAUCUCGACCCCCGAGUCAAAGACCAAGAUCCUGGUCUCCAUCCAGAUCCGCUGCUUCCAAGACUUGUUGCGCUACGGCGCUGAGGAAGUCCUCAACCGCGAGUACGGGUCCUACGUUGUCCCUCCAGAGCCGGGCUUCGACUUUUCCAUAUUGAUCGACCUGGAGAAUCUGCCGGCUGAGCAGGAGGCACGAGACGAGCUGAUCAAGAGCAUCUCCCUGCUUAAACGCAACGCCAUGGCCGCCCCGUUUGAGCAGGCUUACCAGGAACACUACCACCUGAAGCAGGAAGCCGCAAAAUUUACCACCGAGGAGGCACCCCAGGGCGUGCGCGAGGGCGGCGAGGUCAAGGCGAUCCACUACCGUGAGGAGGAGGCUAUCUACGUUAAGGCCAGCCACGACCGUGUCACCGUCAUCUUCAGCACCAUCUUUAGGGAAGAGACCGACCGCGUGUUUGGCAAGGUCUUUAUCCAGGAGUUUGUCGACGCCCGCCGUCGCGCCAUCCAGAACGCGCCUCAGGUGCUGUUCCGCAACGACCCACCGCUAGAGCUGCAGGGCGUGCCUGGUGUGAAGAACACCGGCACUGGCGAGAUUGGCUACGUAACAUUCGGUAUGUACCUACAUCGGAGAUGUGCGUACAUCCACUCCCGUAUGAGACGUCGGACGGCAGACUUCCUCCAGGUUCUCCGCAGAGCCAGGCCAGACAGCGAAGAAAAGGAGCGCAAGACAGCAAGCGGAAGGACCUUCAAGGCGGGGAGCUAA